AUGCGCGCCACUCUGUUUAUUGCCGCCCUGGCUGCCGGCUGCGUCAAUGCCUACGAGAAGCGGGUGUAUGUGACCGACUGGACCACUGUCACCGUCACUGAGACGGUCACUGCCCCUGCCGUCACCGAAACCGUUCAGCCGGCGCACCAGGCCCAAGUCCAGGUCACGACGACCACCGUCUCCCAGGCUGCCGCCCCGGCGCCCGCUGAGACCGACAAGUCGGACUUCUCGAAGAAGUCGACCGUGCUGGUCCCCAACUCGGCCACCUCCGCCGCUCCCCAGCCUGAGACCGAGGACGGCACCACUUCUUCCUACUCGACCGCGUGGACUUCCACCGUGACGCCCUCGUCCACUCUGUCCACCUCCACGGCCGCGGCCGCCACAACCAGUGCCACUUCGACUGCCACCAACUCCUACCAACAGGCCGUUCUGUACAACCACAACAUCCACCGCAGCAACCACUCGGUUUCCUCGCUCGACUGGUCCGCCGACCUGCAAGCCAGCGCUCUGGCUCUUGCCCAGAAGUGUGUAUACGAGCACGAUACCUCCAUCGAUGGCGGUGGCUACGGUCAGAACAUCGGAUAUGGAGUGGAGUCCAGCGAAAUUGGCGUCAUGAUCACCAACCUGAUGUACAACGACGAGAUCGGCUACUACCCCCUGCCCUAUGGUCAGGCCGACCCCAGCAUGACGAACUUCGACAAAUGGGGUCACUUCUCUCAGAUUGUUUGGAAGGGCACCACUCACGUCGGCUGCGCAACCGUUACUUGCGACAGCCUGGGCAAUGUCGACUCCAGCAGCGCCUUGCCCUUCACCGUCUGCAACUACUCGCCUCCCGGCAACUACGACGGUGAAUACGGUACGAACGUUCUCAAGCCCGGUACCGCGAGCACCUACUCGGCUUAA